AUGAAACGACUUCUUUCCUCUCUCGCUCAGCAACAUGAAAUGGUUAUCAACAGCCAUAACAAUGGACCAACAAUUACUUGGAACACCUCUCGCUGCUACGAAUGGAGCUCAUCAUCGAGCCUCUCAUACCUUUCAAACCAUACUACUACUACCAUUUGUAAUAAUACAUUGAUUCCUUCAUCAUCCUCGGGUGGAAGAUAUCGAAGCCUUUCCAAUAGUAGUUCUCCACAGCCAACACCACAACGUCGUGCAAGUCGAUGUCUUUCUCCACCCACAACGAGUAGCACUUCACCCCAUAACAAUAUAUCUCCCAGUAAUAAUAAUAAUAACACUCUCCACGCUCAACUCUAUUCGCUACAACAACAACAAAAGAAUGAAGCCUUGCAUUUGAAACAUAUUCAAGUAGCGAAACUGUACAAGUUUAAUUUUGAGGAUUUGUAUGAUUGUUUGGAAAUUCGAGUCUUGUUUAAACAAUUUCUCAUCAAGAAUCAGAAUGAAGAAAAUUAUUAUUUUGAUCAGAUUUUGGACUCGGAAUAUAAAAAGUUGAAAUCAAAUCGGAAUCGCUAUCAUAUGGCGAAGAGAAUGAUUGAAACAUUUGUGAAAGCAGGAGCUCCUUAUGAAUUGAAUUUAUCGGAAAAGAUUAAACAAUCUGUGUUGAGGGAAUUUCAAAAAGCGACUCCUGAGAAUUGUCCACUCGAUAUGUUCGAUAGUGUACAGUAUCAAGUAUUGACAUCAAUGAGAUUGGACGCCUAUCCCAGAUUCAUUCAAAGUGACGAAUUUUUGAGCUUUAUUGGAGGCAAAAUUUCAUCCUUUAAGAAUUUACAACAAAAAUUGAGAUUUAUCAAAUCGAUUGGUGCUGUCAAAAAAGUGGCACCUCUCGAAAAAUCAUCCUCCAAAGGCAAUCUAAGAAAAAGCAUCAAUGCUAAACAAAAGAAAAGCGAAGAAGAAACGGUCAAAGAAUCACUCAUGAUGGAUCAAAUCGAUACGGAAGACAACACUCCUGAAAAUUUAGUAUUACCAGUUGAGGAAAUAUUAGGAGGAUUUGAGGCAAUACCUUUCAUGGCUCCCACUCCAACCUCAAUGACGACGACGACAACGACUUGUCAAAGUUCGAAUCCAACGAGUACUACAUCUCCGCAAGUCUCCACAGUGACCACUCACUCGGUGAGCUCUACCGAUAUUAGUGAACCAUCCUCCAUCAAACGUUCCAUGUCGAGCAUUGUUGGUCACUUGUUCAACAAAUCAUCACCCAAUAAUAGUAAUUCUUCCACAUCAUCCAUACAACCUUACAUUCACACAACGAGAACGAGAAAUGCCAGUGGAUCUGUGUGUGACUUGAAUUUUCACGAGUCGUCCACUGGUGCAUCAAACCAUAAGAGCGCAAUAGCCAUUCGAUUGCAUGACAGUCUUCCAAGAGCCAUUGCUCCAAUUAAUAAUUUUAUUGUUACUCCUUGUAGUGAUGACGAGAAGGAUGACGACGAAGAUGAAGACGAUGAAGAAAGCGAAGAGGAACAUGAAUCAACACCAACCGAACACGAACGUGUCAAGAAUUUUGACAAAAUCAUGCACAAGAGCUCACUCUUUGAAAAAUCUCUCUCAUCAGAACGACCAUUUCAUGAAUCCACAUCGAAUGAGGCAUUGGAACCAAACGAUCACCACUUGUGGGACGAAGUUGACACGUGUCUCUCCGAUGAAAGUUCUGAAGAGGACGAAGACGACGAUGAGAACGAGGACGAAUUAGAAGAAGAGAUGAUUGGUGGCAAUUUAGCGGCUGCAGCCAAACAAAUUACAGUCUCUACAUCUGCCGUAGCCAAUAAUACGGUCAUUCCCUUACUCGAAACCUUGUCAGCUUUUAUGGAAAAACUUCAAUUAACAGUGGAUGAAAUUGAAAUAAUGAAAACAGAAUAUCAAAAUUACAUGAAUAAUUAUUCGAGUUUGGAAUUGAAUACAAUUUUAAAGCAAGUGGAUUCGUCUCCAAAGAAAGACAAUGACUGGACCAUGAUUCAACUGCAACCUAAAACUCGAAAAAGAUCCAUUCUGAAUCGUAAUCAAGCAAACAAGACACUGGAUGUUGUGAGUCAAUAUAAUUUGAAAGCUCAUUUUGCGAGAUUUGAUUCACCAGUAUCGGAUGAUGUCACAUACAUGCUACGUCGAUCAUGUAAAUUACCGUACAAUGCAUUCUCAGUAUUGCAAUUGUUAUGCGAUGAGAGUAGUUAUGAAACCAUGGUGAAUCCGCUAUUGUUGGCACCUGCAGAAUAUAUUGAAUUUGUUGUCAAAGACACUGACAACUCGUAUGCCUCUUUAAUUUCAUUGGAAGGAGCUAAAUGGCCUUGGCCACUCAAACAACGACACUAUGUCACUACAGGCACCGUCAUUUCUGACAUUUUGAACGAUGAAAAGGAAAAUCCCAAUCGCAAGCGAUACAUUAUUUUGAAACGAAGUGUUGUUAACAAUGCCAAAGUAGAAAUUACACUCAAUAAGAAGGAAAAUCCCAAUCGAGUCAUUGGUGUGAAACUUGAAGCCUAUUUUGUCGAGUCUUCCAUUGCCAAUGAAUGCACCUUGACCAUGUUCAAUGAAUGGCGUUUCACCAAUGUCAACAAAUGGACCUUCCCAUCGAAACUCUUCAAAAAAUCACUCAAACUCUUCACCAAUGAUUUCCAUCACGCCUUAAUUGACAAACUUUCGAGUGCCACGAUUUUACAUGCUACGAGUUAUAGUGAUUUUAUUAGCAACAGUGAAGCUCAAGAACAUUCUCCUAGCACCAAGAAGGACAAUACUCUUUUGCACACCUUGUUUAGAAACGAUGCUCUUCCCAAGAAGGAUGAAAUUAAGAGCAAAGUGAAGAACAUUUUCCAUACCUUGUCGUUGAUGAAACUGUUUGAAUAUGAUUUGAAUGAGACGUGUCGAGUGAUUGAGGAACGACAACAUGUGGUCGAUCACAAUGCCACACGACAACAACAACAACCCUCAGAAUAA